GAAAGGUGUUCAGAUGAGAGCCAGAAAGAAAAGCAGUGUGGGAUACAGCAGAAUAGAACUGAGAUAGCUCGUGGGAUAGUGAGCUGUAUUUAUCCAUAAAAUAAACUUUUGAGAGGAAAGGAGGAAUGGUCUUGGGGAUAAUUAAAAUGGCCCAUGACCAGAACAUGAUAACACAGUCCUGUGGGAUAAAUGAGCUCACUUGGAGCUUUCUCAUGCUUUUUCCAUGAUAGCUGCUGUGAUUGCACUGUGCUCUCUGACAGGGAAUGAGAAGGAGCCCCUCCACAAACAACCUGCCCUGUGCAGCUCGUGCUGGCUGCAGGAUUUCCAGUGCACACUGAGCCAAAAUGCACAUCCAGUGCCAACAAUGCCUUUUCACUGGCAGGCAGAGCCACACACAGCAGCACAAGCAGAGGCUUUAGAAGCAAACAUGAAUUUUCCCUCCAUAAAACCCUCUCUUACACAAAAUGGCAUCUUUUUUCAUUCACCAGCUUUGUGACAAGCAUCUUAUAUGGGAAAUAAGAGCUGCCACAAUGCAAAGGGCUCAGAUGUGGAGGUAGGUGUGCCACAAAUGCCUCCAUGGUACAAAACCUUUGCCAUGAGGUGCCAUUCCAGGCUUGGAAAACUGUUAAUCCUCACAGCCUCUAGACUGCAGGGAUGGUCCUUUCAGCCCAUUUUCAUUUAGGGAAAUCUGAGCUAGAGGUGAUAGUGUGGGCUGAAAGCCAAGCGUGCACUCCCUGCCUCCUCCCUGCCCACUCAGGGCUGGGGAUCUGCUCAGCCAAAAAGAAACAGGGAGGCAGAGGUUGCACAGAUGAGCAAAUUGGACUCUCCUGGUUUCUCCCAGAUGAUUAAUUUCUUGAUGGGGAAAGGACAGCUCCCAGGCAUCUGCUGACAGCUCACCGCUGUGAGUGAGCAGCCCUGGGAAAGGAGGGAGGGACCAGUGCUACCGGAGGCUGUCACUGGCUGGCACAUGGGACAGCCAUGAAAAUGAAAAACAGGGCAGAAAAAACAACCCCCAGAGGCCGUAUCCAUCUGACCACCUAGAAAAGCUACCAACCCAACAGUGAGAGACAGACCUGUGGAAACUGCGUGCCCUCUUCCAUCCUCAUCAUCCCCCAAGGCAGCAGAAAGGGGGAGGAAAGGAGACAGACUGCUGGGCAGCCCAGGGACUUCCCAGGAGGAGAAUUGGCCAAAAGAGCACGAUGGAUCGCUUCCGGAUGAUCUUCCAGUACUUCCAGUCCAGCUCGGAGUCUGUAAUGAAUGGAAUCUGUGGGCUGCUAGCCCUGGCCAGUAUAAAGAUUUAUACCUGCUUUGACUUCAGCUGCCCCUGUCUGCCCCGGUACAACAUGGCCUACGGCUUGGGGAUCCUGUUCGUGCCCCCCAUUGCCUUCUUCCUCUGUGGCCUCAUCCUCAACAGACAGUCCCUGGUGAUGCUGGACGAGUGGAGGCGGCCGCAGGGGCGCAGGAGGAAGGACCUAGCUGUCAUCAGGUACAUGUGCUCCUCCAUCAUACAGCGAGCUACGGUCGCCCCAGCCGUCUGGAUCGUGGUCGCCCUCCUGGAUGGCAAGUGCCUGAUCUGCGCCUUCAGCAGCUCCGUGGAUCCCGAGAAGUUCCCGGGCUUCACCAAUGCCACCAUAGACCAGGCACAGGAGCUGCUUGCCAAGGUGCCCUGCAAGGAGGACGAGCUGGUGGGGAACAGCAUGUCCCGACGGGCCGUGUCCAGGUACCUGCGCUGCUGGUCCCAGGCCCUCGGCUGGAGCAUUUUGUUGAUGCUCAUCAUAGCAGCUUUCCUCGCCUGCUGGCUCAGGCCUUGCUUCAACCAGGCUGCCCUCCUGCAGACCCGUCACUGGAGCAACUACCUUGACAUUGAGCAGAAGAUUUUUGAGGAAACCUGCUGUGAGCACAGCCAGCUCUUUGCUCACAAAUGCAUCCUCCACUUCUUUGAAAGCAUGCAGGAAGAGAUCAGGCAGCACAACUUCGACUUGCCUAAGGAGGAAGAAGAUCUUCUACGAGGCAUCACACACCAGGAUCAGGUGAACAAACUUCUGAAAACGUGGUAUUAUGAGAAACCUCCCUUGGAUGUGAGCCAGGCAACCCAGAGACAUCCCCUGGGCAGAGAGAGAUCUCCUCCACCCUGGGCAGGCAGCCCCCAUGUCCAGUCCAAAUUCCCCCAACACACCAAUGUGUAAAGGGGGUUUUGUCCCAAAGACACCAAAGCCUUAUCUCUACCCAGAGCAGUGCAUAGAAGAUGGAAGACAUGGACACCACUGUCAUCCUCCAGAACCCCAAACCCAAAGGCUGGGCUCUGGGGCAUCCAGCAAAACUGCCCAACUGAACUAGUGAGGCUCAGCUCCGACAAUCCCAAGGUCCCAGACCCAGUCACCAUUCAUGACAUUUCUUAUCCAAGGGCUCUGCAUAGCACUUGUCAUCUCCGAGUUUGCAGCUGCUUACAGCUGUGAUAAAACCCUUCUGGCUCGAGGAAGGAUUUAACCGAGGCAGCAACACAUGGAUGCACACAUGAACUGGCUGGAGCAACAGCUUCAGAGAGGUGUGAGCAGCUCCUGCCCCUUUCAGUGAAAUCUGGUUGGGAGAGCCAGCAUUGCUGACACCAAAAUGAAACUGGCAACUUUUUUAGUACCACACCAAUAGGUUUACUCAAAAGGCAAACCACCUCCUACAUCUUCCCAUCUGCUGAGAGCUCUGGCUGCCCCCAGCCCAGCUGCCAAGUUAUUCAGCCUCACUCUAACAGCCCCUUGAUACUUCCAAGCAUUUUCAA